GUGAUACAGAAAGACCAUGUGACAUUUACCUCAUAAAUAUCAACCAGGAAAACACCAGAGAGAGAGAGAGAGAGAGAGGGUUCAACAGAAACGCGACUAUGAGAGCCACAAAUCAAGGCCUGGUGUUAGGGAGCCUGCUGCUCGUCUCCCUCUGUGUCGGGGCGGCGGCCAUGUUUGACAGCAGGCUGGACAUCCACUGGGAGCUGUGGAAGAAGACGCAUGAGAAAAAGUACCAAAAUAUUGUGGAAGAUGCACGCCGCCGGGAAUUGUGGGAGAAGAACCUGAUGCUCAUUACCAUGCACAACCUGGAGGCUUCGAUGGGGCUUCACACCUACGAUCUGAGCAUGAACCACAUGGGAGACAUGACAGAAGCAGAGAUCCUGCAGCAGCUUGCCACACUCACUCCUCCCUCUGACAUCCAGAGGUCACCCUCUCCCUUCGCAGGGGCAACAGGCGCCAACGUACCUGACACCAUGGACUGGAGAGAGAAAGGCUGUGUGACCAAAGUCAAGAUGCAGGGUUCUUGUGGCUCCUGCUGGGCCUUCAGUGCCGCGGGGGCCUUGGAGGGUCAGCUGGCAAAGACAACGGGGAAACUGGUGGACCUGAGUCCUCAGAAUCUGGUGGACUGUUCCAGCAAAUACGGCAACCAUGGCUGUAAUGGAGGCUUCAUGCACCAAGCCUUCCAGUACGUCAUCGACAACCAGGGCAUCGACUCUGAAGCUUCGUACCCCUACACCGGACAUGAACAAGAUUGCCACUACAACCCUAAGUACCGUGCCGCCAACUGCUCCCGGUACAGCUUCCUUCCUGAGGGAGACGAGAACGCUCUGAAAGAGGCUCUCGCCACCAUUGGACCCGUUUCAGUGGCAAUUGACGCGACACGGCCAAGAUUUGCUUUCUACAGAAGUGGAGUGUAUGAUGAUCAGAGCUGCACACAGAAAGUGAAUCAUGGCGUGUUAGCUGUCGGCUACGGCACUCUGAACGGACAAGACUACUGGCUGGUUAAGAACAGUUGGGGCGAACAUUUUGGAGACAAGGGCUACAUCCGAAUGGCUCGCAACAAGAACGACCAGUGUGGCAUCGCCCUGUACGGCAUCUACCCCCUCAUGUAGAGCACAUCAACAACUGCUGCAUAUUUUAGUACCAUUCAUUUUUUAAUAUAUAUUGUCUUUUGAUAGUUUGAUUCAUUUCAAUUUUUUGUGUACUUGUUUUUUAAAUUCACUUUAAUGUCUCUUGUACAAAAACUGCCGUGUCUGAAGACAACACUGUUAAGCAUCAUUCAGCAUGAUUUAUAAGACGUUGUACCUCAAUAAUGUGACAUUUGAGAGUCUGAAUGUGAUUCUGAAAUAAAGGACAACUUCUCACUGAGGCUCAGUGACAAUGA